UCACCCUCUUUCUUAAUCCACUCUGGAUUCAGCCAGCCAGUCAGAUCGCUUCUACGGAAGUUCCGUUGGGUCAAACCACUGUUAAACCCUUCGCUAACAGGGAUUGAGACAGUCCGACAUUCUUCGAGUGAUGAGAUAAUGGCGAGAAUGGGGUCACUAUUUAAAGCAAAGAAAAGAGCUGCUGCUUUUGUUGAUUGGCUUUGAGUUUUAUCCGUGAUCGACAGUGACGGACAUCUUGUUGAACUGAGGAAGUCGCUUCAGAGAACGGCUCAGGUGGCGACUUCAAGGAGACUGCUGUGAUGCUACGUAGGCAACUAGAAGAAAAGGGCUUUUCUGCUGACUGCGCUGUGUAGAAUACCGUGCGGAUACACGGCGAGCUGUUGAAGUUUUGGGGAAUGGCAGGUCGAAGCCGAAGAGCAUGGUUUAGUGUUUUGUUGGGACUGGUUGUCGGGUUCACACUGGCUUCCAGACUCAUUUUACCGAGGACGACAGAGUUGAAGAAAGCCGGACAAAAUCGAAAGGCAAACCCUGCAGGCUGUGGGUUAAACCGAGAUCCCAGGAAGGAAUACGGCGCAGUGUUAUGGCCGCAAGAUAACGGUUCACCGGCGACCGAGAAGCCUGGUUCCCGGUCCAAUAAUUUCCUGUUUGUUGGCGUCAUGACUGCCCAGAAGUACCUGAACAGCCGAGCUGUGGCGGCAUACAGGACAUGGGCACAGACAAUUCCAGGUCACGUGGAGUUCUUCUCCAGUGAUGACUCAGACACCUCCAUACCCAUUCCCAUAGUGGCUCUGAAGAAUGUGGAUGACUCAUACCCACCUCAGAAGAAGUCAUUCAUGAUGCUCAAGUACAUGCAUGACCAUUAUCUGGACAAGUACGAGUGGUUUAUGAGGGCUGAUGAUGAUGUCUACAUCAAAAGUGAGAAGCUGGAGAGCUUUCUGCGCAGCCUCAACAGUAGCGAGGCUAUCUUCUUGGGCCAAACAGGCAUGGGGGCCCGGGACGAGCUGGGGAAACUGGCUCUGGAGCCUGGAGAGAACUUUUGCAUGGGGGGGCCAGGGGUCAUCAUGAGCCGUGAGGUCCUCAAGAGGAUGGUGCCCCACAUCCGAAAGUGUCUGCAGGAGAUGUACACCACCCAUGAAGAUGUGGAGGUGGGCCGGUGUGUCAGGAGGUUUGCCGGGGUCCAGUGUGUCUGGUCUUAUGAGAUGCAGCAGCUCUUCUAUGAGAACUAUGAACCAAAUAAGAAGGGCUACAUACGAGAUCUCCACAACAGCAAGAUCCAUCGAGCCAUCACUCUCCACCCUAACAAGAACCCUCCCUACCAGUACCGACUACAUAGCUACAUGCUUAGCCGCAAGAUUGCUGACCUACGCCACCGAACCAUUCAGCUCCACCGGGAGAUUGUCCAGAUGGGGCGCUAUGGAUCAGCUGAGCCCAGCCGAGAGGACCUCCAGCUUGGCAUGCCACCAUCAUUUAUGCGCUUCCAUCCGCGGCAGAGGGAUGAAGUUCUAGAGUGGGAGUUCCUUACAGGAAAGUACCUGUUCUCAUCGUCUGACGGUCUGCCGCCACGUCGCGGAAUGGAUUCCUCCCAGAGGCAAGCCCUGGAUGACAUCAUUAUGCAAGUGAUGGAGAUGAUCAAUGCCAAUGCCAAGACAAGGGGGCGAGUCAUUGAUUUUAAAGAAAUCCAGUAUGGUUACCGCAGGGUCAAUCCCUUAUAUGGAGCAGAGUAUGUACUGGAUCUACUGCUGCUGUACAAGAAGCACAAAGGAAAGACCAUGACAGUUCCUGUAAGGAGGCAUGCCUACCUGCAGCAGACCUUCAGCCAGAUCCAGUUCAGAGAGGAGGAGGAGAUGGAUGCCAGAGCUCUGGCCAACCACAUCAACAAGGAGUCAGACUCCCUCUCAUUUCUGUCCAACUCCCUCAAGAUGCUGGUGCCUUUCAAACUGGCCACUUCUGGUCAGGAUCAGAGGGAACCAAAAGAGAGGAAAGUCAACAUAUUGGUACCUCUGUCGGGACGUUAUGACAUCUUUGUGCGCUUCAUGGCCAACUUUGAACGAGUGUGUCUGAUUCCUAACCAGAAUGUCAAGCUGCUCAUCCUGCUAUUCAGCACAGACAACAACACAGAGCGGGUCAAGCAGGUGGAGCUGAUGAGAGAGUAUCGCAUGAAGUAUCCCCGGGCUGAAAUGGAGAUAAAACCUGUGGCAGGCUCUUUCUCCAGGGCUUUGGCUUUGGAAGUGGGUUCAUUACAUUUCUCUAACGAUUCCCUGCUCUUCUACUGUGAUGUGGAUCUGCUCUUCUCCAGCGACUUCCUUAAACGAUGUCGAACCAAUACCGCCCUGGGGGAGCAGACCUACUUUCCCAUAAUUUUCAGCCAGUAUGACCCUAAGGUGGUGUACGCUGGGAAGGUCCCUAGUGACAACCACUACGUCUUCACCUCCAAGACAGGCCUGUGGAGGAACUAUGGUUUUGGGAUCGUCUGUGUCUACAAGGGAGACUUGGUCCGAGCUGGAGGCUUUGAUACCUCCAUCCAGGGGUGGGGAUUAGAGGAUGUGGACCUUUUUAAUAAAUUUGUCCAGUCAGGGAUUAAGUUGUUCAGAAGCACAGACAUGGGGAUAGUACAUGUCCACCACCCGGUCAUAUGUGAUCCCAACUUAGAGGCAAAGCAAUAUAAGAUGUGCCUGGGCUCCAAAGCCUCAUCUCACGGCUCCACCCAGCAACUGGCCGAGCUCUGGCUGGAGAAGAAUGACCACAGCUUCAGGAGACUGGCCUUCAAUAAUGGCUCAGUUAGGACAGCGUGAGAAAGGAUGGACUGCAGACUGCCACAAACUGAACCCGGACCUACUCUGUGCUCACUUCCUCCUCAUAGUGAUGUUUUCACUACCUAAUUUAUUUUUUACCGAAAUGAAAGACUUCACAUAGAUAUAUUUUGAAAAUAUGUUGUUUUUAAAGAAACUAUACUGAAACAACAUAAUAGUUUAGUAAGACAGUUUGGGCCCUAGUAACAAAGUUUAUGUUUUGGUUUAUGAUAGAAGGAAUAUUGACCAAUACUUUGUGUGUGAGCCUGGUUACACCAGGGUCCCAGGUCCUUCUAGCCUGCUACCUGUCAGCACAGUGUGAGGAUGGGAGGCAGGAGUUAUUGUGUACCUCAAUGAAGUACACUGUCCUCAAAUAUUCCAUUAGUCACUAGACCAGUGUCCAGUGCUCAAUACAGUUCAACUCUUGAUUGUGAAUGUUUACAAAAGACUGAUUCUGAACAUUUUGACAACGCAGACUUAAAUGACAACUAUCUCAACAAUUACUAAGGGCCAUUUAAUUUGAUUUCUUGGAUUUACAGUGGUUUUUUUAUUUGAUUUCAUGAUUUUGGUAAUACAACACUGUUACUGUUUCUCCAGGAUUUUUUUCUUUAUUAAUAAUUUCUGUGAAUCCAACUGCUGGAUUUGAUAUCUGCAAUUCAUCCUCUGCUGUCUAAUUUAUUGAAUUUACAGGCUCCAUUUUCUAUUCUGUUUAAAUAUGUAUAUUGGGAAGAUUGUAUAACCAUGUCAGACUUCAGAUACUUUUUCUUUUCAUGUUACUUUUCUUAAACUCAUUAGCACCAAAGAGUUUUGCACAGUCUGUAUGUCAUGUCAUGAUGUCUGUAUGCGUGUGUGUGGAUGGUGUUUUUCAAGCCUAAACUGGGUGUAUAAUGGAGUGUAAAGACAAAAGCUCUAUCUAAUCCAGGUCUUUCUGAUGCGUGAAGCACGAACCAGUCUAGCCUUUACUCCAGUGGAAGUGGAAGCAGCACUCUGGUUGACCAGCUCCAGUCACACUUUGCUGUUUUUGUUUUUGUAAAUAGUCUACAGAGGUGUGGCUUCAGUGCUGAUUCCGUUGAGCUGUGAUGUGAAAACCCACAUUGUCUGUUCUGUGAUACAGAACAUUGCCUCAUGACAGGCAGGAGUCCUUCCCGCUCUUUCCUGUCCUGGCUAUAAUCCUGUAAGCACCACCCAGGUACUGUAUGUUGUAGCACUCCAUCAGGUUAAUGCUCCUCUUUCAGAAUGACAAGAACGACUGAUUUUUAAGACUGCUAUAAUGGGAUGAAUGAAUGUGCCGUCAUCAUAGUGUUUUUUUUCUGAGUUUUUUGUAACUAUUGUUCUUUCAACUCUGUCCAACUGGGCAAAGUUUUCUAUUUAAAAAAGAAAUAAAAUGGGGGGAAAGUAUCAAAAAUAUGCUGCUUUUAUUUUUUUCAAUCUCAGUCAGCACCUGCCAGGAUAAUGGUCACUAUAGAAACAACAGGUAAAGGCCACUUGUGCAUAAGGGUUGGUUUCAGGGGCCUGUAUACUUUGUCAGAACUGCUUGUUGGAUGGCUUCAGGACAUUCCUUCCCCAACACCUUUGGAACAUGUUAUUAGGGGGCUCUGCAUCCGUUCAUACCCACGUCAUGACAUGACUCUCCUGCUGCAUGGAGGUAAGGUGUUGUAUGGGCUUAAGUAUGCUGGGUUGGAACUUCACUCUAGCAUUUUUUAACAUUUAUUAUGCAGCCAUUUGUGUACAGCCAAGUGCACACUAUGAAAGACUGUCGGAAAACAUGUCUGCCAGACAAACUCGGUGACGGCCAACUCUGCCUUACAGUUCACAUCUGGGUAUAAACAUGAUUUCCAGUGUAGUCUGACACUACUGUAUGUCAUAAGAGCCGCCUCUAGUAUAAUCUAGCUCAGAUGGUUGGACACAGUGCAUCCAACAAGCAGUUCUGAUGACACAGUGGACCAGCGGUCCUCAGGGACUGGGGACUCUGGUCUGGUUGUCCACUUUGCUUUGGUAAUAAUCCAGCCUUGGGGACAUUUCUGUGCUGGCUUUCAUAACUCUCCAUGGAAAAAAAUAUUUCACAACACGUUCUAGCUGCAAGAACUCUCCAGUAAUAGAGAUUGGGCAAGGUGUUAGGUAGUAGAGCUGAAGUUUAUUGGUG